ACCUUCACACAUUCAAAUCCAACGUCAGCUUCUGUUAUAGUUCUCUAGCUAUCUCCAGAAAAAGUUGCAGAAUUUUAUGUUAACACUCAAAAUGGCUACUACUACUACUCUACUACCUAAGUCCAUUUCUCCUAAUUUUCACACUAAUCCACCAUAUUUUUUUCCUAUACCCCAUGCCACAAAUGUACCUUUCUUGAACAACAAUUCAUUGUACACCACAUUUUCUGCCAGAAAAUCAGGGAGUUUUUGCCUCAAUGCCAAGAAAAAGAAUCCAUGGUUGGACCCUUUUGACUAUGGUGAUGAUCCUGAAAUGGAAUAUGGUUCACUUUUCUCUGAUGGUAAACAGGAUGAGGACCCAAGGCCACCUGAUAAUCCAGACAGUCCAUAUGGAUUCCUUAAAUUUCCAAUGGGAUAUUCUGUUGAAAUUGCUUCCUUGGGUUUGAAAAUUAGAGGUGAUGUUAGGAGAUGUUGCUGUGUUCUUGAUGGUGGGGUUUACGAGAAUUUGCUGUUUUUUCCAGCAAUUCAGAUGAUUAAGGACAGGUACCCUGGUGUUCAAGUGGAUAUUGUUGCAUCACCUAGGGGUAAACAGACAUUUGAGAUGAAUAAAAAUGUGAGGUGGGCUAAUGCUUAUGAUCUUGAUGAUGAUUUCCCUGAACCUGCUGAGUAUACAGAUAUGGUUGGAAUUCUUAAGAGUAGGUAUUAUGAUAUGAUCUUGUCAACCAAACUGGCCGGGAUUGGACAUGCAGUGUUUUUGUUUAUGUCAACUGCCCGAGACAGAGUUAGCUACAUUUAUCCAAAUGUGAAUUCUGCAGGAGCAGGAUUGUUUCUGUCAGAGACUUUUACGCCAGAAAGCCUGAAUCUCUCCGAGGGUGGAUACCAUAUGUACCGCCAGAUGGUUGAUUGGUUGGGCAGACCAGCUCGUAAAGUACCACGACAACCUUUACCCCCACUUAAAGUUUCAAUCUCAAGAAAGCUUAGGGAGGUUGUAGAGGCAAAAUAUAAGAAUGCUGGUGUACAGAAAGGAAAAUAUAUUGUAAUUCACGGGAUUAAAUCAGAUUCAAAAGCUUCUAUGCAGUCAAAGGGUGAUACUGAUAGUUUGCUUCCAAUUGAGAUAUGGGCUGAGAUAGCAGCAGAGAUCAGGGGAGUCAAGCUAGUAUUUGUCAUUCCACAUGAAAAAGAAAGAGAAAACGUGGAAGAUGCAGUUGGUUAUGAUGCUAGUAUUUUGUUCAUAACCACCCCUGGACAGCUUGCUGCUCUUGUUGAUGAUUCUGUUGGAGUGAUAGCUACGAAUACAGCUGCUAUACAACUUGCUCACGCACGUGGAAAGCCAAGCGUUGGGCUAUUCUGUUCUGAGGAUAAGGCCAGAAGUUUUGUUCCUAACGCAGAAGAAAACAAGUGUGCAGCUAUUUCAUCAAAGACCGGAAAAUUGGUUGAUAUUGACGUUGAAGCUGUGAAGAGAGCUGUCCAAAUUUUUACCAUGCCCCUAGCGAUCUUUUAAUUAAAUAUUACAUCUUCCCCUUCUCUUCCAUUUCCAUACAUAGUAACUACUCUUUCAUUCAAUUGGUAAUUAAUAGAAGCUGAAAGAUAAUUAUGUUCUUA